AUGAGUUGCUAAUAAGCUAUGUGCUUAGUACUCAAAUAUCUAACUAAUGAUAAUAAAAUAUUCACAGCUUUGAAUAAAAUUAAGUUACUAAUUAAGGAAUUUAAAAACAAAUUCUAUGAUUAUCAUUUAUUGUAGAUCCUUUAUUGUUUGUCAAUCACAAAGUAUCAAUUGAAGUAACAUGAAUGUGAUCAAUUGGUUAUUGAAAUUUUUGAACUCUGUUAACUUCCUAAGCACAUUUAAAUUAUAGAAAUACUAAAAAUUCAAUUGAAUAUUAAAACCUUUUAAUUUAACAACGCACUGAAGGAAUUCAAGAAAAUUAUAGAUGAUUUAAAUACUGCCUAAAUGUUGGAACUUGUUGAUAUUGAAUAACAAAACUCAUUGUAAUAAAUCGAAACAUAUGAAUAUGAAAUUCUGUAUGAUUUUGAAUAGUUUCUAUAUAAUAACAAAGAGUUUCAUAUGAAAUAAAGAUAAUAAUAUGUGUUAAAUUGCCUGGAAGUGUUGGUAAAUCAAUUCAAAUAUUAAUGGGCAAAGACAAGUAUUCAUACAUUCAUUCAGAAUUUGAAUUUCAAUCAAAAGUAUUGGUUUUAUACUUAAAAUAGACAGUUUUUUGAUGAGUAAUUUAUCAUAAGCAAGAUUUAGAAUGCCAAGAUUCUGUAUACAGCCAGUAAUGAAAGGGAGAAGGCUUAGAGUGCUAAACUGAUGCAGGACUACUUGAAGCCUAUCCAUGAUGUAGUGGAUUGUCGGGCUGUAGAUAAUACUGGAGAUGGCUUGGAUUAGUGGGGCUUGAAGCAAACUGGAUUAUGA